GAACUCAGACGCUAAUAGAUAAAGUAUAUAUAAUAUUUAAGUUCAGUCGCAAACACGCAGAUGAGAUAAACAGGCGUCCGCGGAAAUAAAAACAUUAUUUAAGAUCGUCUAUCAAUUUCACUAUACAAUCUGUGACAGUGCUCGGUCAAACAAAGACAGACGUUCGGUCUUUAAAAAAAAAAACAAAUAAAAAAUAUCAAUCCAAAUUCAAAUAAAUCAUUCAGUGUCAAAUUCAACUUGCCUCCAAAUUUAAAAUUAUAUUCUUUUUCAUAAAAAGAGGUCUGUGAACAAAACAGUGUUUAAUAAAAUAAUGGAAUAUUGAUCUUCAACGUUAUCAAGUGUGAAAGCAUAAAAAAUAAAAAAUGCAGAAGAACGGCGGCGUCCGGAAUCGUCACAAGGGUGAAAAGCAAAAUGGCGUCGUUUCAGAAGUGGAUGAAAAAAAAGACGAAGAGUUUAUGAUCAGGGAAUCCCCAUUGACAGAGCUGAUCGACUCGUCGCUACACAUCAGAGCUAUCUACCAUAUAUUCGUCGUCAUCUUAGUUGUUCUGUUCUGUGAUACAGUCAUAUAUGACCUGGUGGAGAGAGGAAAGAUCAAUAUAGGGGUCACUGUUGUAGCAGCAGGAUUUGGAGAAAUACGAAGAGGAAUAAAACUAUGGCUGUAUCAAAUGGCAGUGGCGUUGAUGUUAUAUCCUUUGCUCAGAAUAUACGCACUGUUUGGAAGCGUCGCCAGAAAAUACCCAGUGCUGCGGUCGACGGUGGUGGUGAUGGGGGUAGCGGGGCUCGUGGCUGUGGAGGUCACGCUGGCUGCUGUGCCGGUCUACGAGCUUGGCAGGAAGCAUUUAGCACUAGGAUCUUCAGCCAGUGUCACGUGUGAAAUGUUCCGAUUGAUGAUGAAGCUAGUAGCGGUGUCCACAGCGUGCGGUCCUCGAUGCCUAAACGGCACACCCCUACCAACAUUCAAGCACUACGUCUAUUUCCUAUUCGCCCCAACCCUUCUGUACCGAGAUCAAUAUCCCAGAACGAAGACGAUUAGAUGGGGAAAGGUGGUGUUCCAUUUCCUGGAGGUGGCAGCUAUUGUGUUCUACUGCUGUUUCCUCUGGGAGAGGUUCAUUAUGCCGUACUGGUCUGAUUACGGGAAAGAGAAGACGGUGGAGGCGGGCACGCUAGUCCGCGGCAUGUUUGCUUGCGUGCUGCCGGGCGUGAUCUCGUUCCUGUGCGGCUUCUACUGCGUGCUGCACGCCUGGCUCAACGCCUGGGCUGAAAUGCUCACCUUUGGGGACCGCUUGUUCUAUGAGCAUUGGUGGAUAACAUCCCGUUUCUCGAUAUACUACCGCCGUUGGAACCGUGUGGUCUACUCCUGGCUGCGAGAUCACAUCUACCUCCCGAUCGCCCCUCACACGGGACGGUCUCUGGCGACGUUCAUCGUAUUCUUUGUGUCUUCAAUAGCCCACGAAGUUAUCCUAUCAUUAUCUUUCGGCUUCUUCUACCCAGUGUUGCUAGUGGAAUUCGGAAUGCUUGGCGUUGUCAUGGUGCCUCUGACGGCAUCUAGCGGCCGUCGCUUCCCCAACGCAUUUAAUCUUAUCAUGUGGCUGAGUUUCUUCAUAGGAAAUGGUAUCUUAUGGAGUUUAUACCCAAUGGAAUACUUUGCUCGCAAGAACUGUCCGCCUUCGGAAAACGAUAGCUUCUUCAUUCCAAAGUCUUGGACUUGCCCUGAAGUCAUAUUGAAGCCAGACUGGACAUUCCAAAAUCCCCUGACCAUGUCCAACCAAUCAGAUAGGUAAACUGGAUCUAAACUGGAAUUCCUACAACCUUUUAAGUUAAGACAGUAGCAGUUGUAUAAGUGAGACAGCGUUCUACUUCUGAGUAUUGCGACCUCGCUUGCACUACUGAAUUCGUAUUACUUUAAGAGGCGGUUAGGCUUCCAGAGGCCCUAAUCACAAGGACUAUUACUCGACUAAGUCGAGUAUUUCAUAAUGGACACAAUUAGGUGAAAUAAUACUAAUACCAAAAUGUAUUUUUUUACACAUUUUACCUGUUAUACCGCUUCGAUGUGUAUAAGUUUCCUCUUCCGAUAGUGUUCGUGCUAUGGGCCUGUCUAGGUAAUGGCGUACUAGAUAAGUAGACAACUUAAAUUUAUUUUAAACUUUUACACUUUUAUAAAUAAAUUAUGAAAUGUA